UGCAAAAUCGAAUAUGGCAAAUAUAUUUCAGUGAACGAGUGAAGUUUAAGCGGAAUUUUAUGGACUACUCAAAUACAGAAAAAUGAUUUCUCCACGAAUUUUGAUAAGCUGUCUGUUAUAUGGCUUCAUAUUUGCAUUUAAAACGAACAUCCAUGUGCACCUAACAGAUAGAGAUGAGUUCAUAAUAUUUAACAAUGCAACGAAAACCUGGAAAGAAGCACUCGAAUCAUGUCGGAAUCACACAGCGCAUUUGGUCUCAUUGGAGUCACAGCGAAAGCUCAUAGAUUUGCAUAUGUUUUUGUUCUCCAAAGAUUUCAUAGAGUCAGAGCUGAUUUCGGCAGAUCCACCUUAUAUAUAUUGGAGCGGUGGCAAUGACUUAAACAAACCGGGCACAUAUGAGUGGGAGGGCACGGAAAAGCCAUUUAACUAUACCCACUGGUUGGAUGAACAAUCGCUGAAUAAUAAUGGCAGCGGUUGUAUACAAUUUGGUAAGAGCGGUUUUGGACGUUGGUCAAUAGAAGACUGUGAGACUAAACGGUUUUAUGUAUGCGAAAGAAUUAAGGACUAGAGAAAUAUUUGGAAGAUUUUUUUUUGAGUGAAAAUUGUACAAAAAACUAUAGAGCAAUUAUUAAGACUCAGACCUAUUUCAUUCCCAAACAUCAAACAUUUGUAAUUCUCAACUGGGUUAUAAGAAAAUUGUUAAUUAUUUUUUGCGGUUUAUUUUUAUUAGGAUCAAGAAUGAAAACUACCGAAAUUCUUAUAAUAAAUACAUAUUAACCGAUUUCUGAUCCAAUUUCAUUUCAUUUAUAAAUUUUUGUAUUUUUUAUUUCUGAUUUAAAACGCCAAAAGAACCCAAAAAAUAUGAGCCCCCUCUCACUAAAUAAAGGCAACGCAAAAUGAAGGAAUGGAAUGGGUGGCAGUUUAUUUUUUUCAAGUACUUAAUUGGCCGCGCACAAGUGGCAUAAUGGCCCAGAGAGCAAGCAACAGAAAUGGUAUGGAAUUCAGCACAAAUGUAAACACACCAGUACAUAUAGAAUGGUAAACAAAAAUGUGCAGCGGCGUUGUGGCCAGCUGUGGUCAACGCAGCCAACGGCACACUGGCGCAUAAUAAGCCAUAAUUCCUGGACCGACCGUGUGCAGUCAUAGGUGAAGAGCAGUCAAGUGUGGCGGAAGGAAGGAAGUGAACUGCAUGGAUCAUAU